AUGCCAACCGACACAAUGGCGGCCGAAAAGAUCACCGUCUACAACCUCGCAGACCUCAAAAACACCACCGACGACGCCAUCCCCAACUACCUCAACAGCAUCGGUUUCACCCAAUCCCACACCCUCACCGACGUCCGCCUGGCCCUCGGCUACUCCGCCUUCGCCCUCGCCGCGGCCUGUUUCGCAUGGGACUACCACUUCGGCUUCGAGUCCACCAAAUACCUGACCGCGGCCGCCGUCGCCCUCUACACCCUCCUAAACGGCGCCCUGACCCUCUGGGUGCUGUACGCCGAGCGCGGCACCGUGUACGUCGGCACUUCGCGGGCUACGGGCGAGACGGUGCGGAUUGGGACGGAGACGAAGAAAAAUGUCCCGGAGUAUUUUGUUACGGUGGAGGUUACGUCUAAGGAUGGGAAGAAGGCGGAGCUGAAGUUUGCGCGGUCGUUUACGGAGUGGUUUGAUGUGACGGGGCGGUUUGUGGCGGCGCCGUUUCAGACUAUGUUGGUGAGCAGCGUGCCGGUGAUUGCGAAGGCGGAUCCGAAGCGAGCGGCCGCGGCGCUGGAGGGGGCUACGGCUGAUGCUACUGGUGCGAGCGAGGGCGCGGCGGCGUAUUCGCCGGAGGUUCUGGAGAUGCUGGCGAAUGCGGAUGUGAGUGUCGUGGGGUCAGCUGCGGAGGAGGCUACAGGGUCGGAGGCAGCGGCGGGGAAGAAGGGGGGUAAGCGGCGGAAGGCGUAG